CUGCCGUUGACUGUGUGGGUACGGAGGCGGGAAAUGGCGUCCAGAGGUGCGGGGAGGACAGAGGUGAACCUCGUCUGAAUAGGCACGCAAAAAACAGCAAGUGUCAGCAGCCCCGAAAACGACCGUGAUCCUGCGACUCGAUCCCCGGAGAUUCGUCCAUCUUACAUGUGACUCUUAACAAAAUGAAGCUGAGAAUGCGCAAGGCUUCUCAGCAGCCGAACCUCGCCCGCAGGCCCAGCCCGGCCCGGACCAAGCGGAAGCACUCCGAGAUGGAGGAGUGCUCGGGUGAUAGCAAGGGCCUUCUGUCCAGCAUCAAGAAGUUCAUUCAUGGAAGUUCCAUAAAGGUGGAGCCGGACAACCCAGCAAAAAGGAAUCGUCUGAGCUGCGAGCUGAUCACCUCCACCCCACAGAGGAAAAAUGACCUGCAGAGGAAAAGCAUCUACAGGGCCCGCAGAAGAAGCUUUGUCAAUGGAGAAACCACAAACCAUGACACGAGUAAGCCUAACGGUAAGUUGGAGGACGCUGAGGAGGUUGUGAGCAGUCCACCCCGCACCACCCUGCUUGGAACCAUCUUCUCUCCUGUCUUCAAUUUCUUCUCACCAGCAAAUAAAAAUGCCUCGGAUUCCCCAGGCCAGGUGGUGGAGGCAGAAGAGAUUGUGAAGCAACUAGAAAUGGAGCAAGUAGAAGAGAUGCCCACCAGUACUGCCACAUCUAAAGAGCCCCUAAGUGUCCCUCUCUACACCAGUGCCAUGCCCUCGGCUUUCAGACCUCCACCUUCCACUCAUACAGUUGUAGAGGAGAGUGAAAACACCCCCCACUCUGACCUGCCGCCUCUUACAGCUCCUGGCUCUCCUGCAACAGGGGGUUAUGUGGAUGCCUCUCUCACUGUCCCAGCUGAAGGAUCAUAUGAAGAGGAGUGGGAGGUGUUUGACCCGUAUUUUUUCAUCAAACAUGUACCUCCACUAACAGAAGAGCAGCUAACUCGCAAACCCGCGCUCCCUCUGAAGACUCGAAGCACUCCCGAGUUCUCCCUGGUGCUUGACCUGGAUGAAACCCUUGUCCAUUGUAGCUUGAAUGAGCUGGAUGAUGCAGCACUAACCUUUCCUGUACUCUUCCAAGAUGUCAUAUACCAGGUUUAUGUGCGAUUGAGGCCAUUUUUCAGAGAGUUCCUUGAACGCAUGUCACAGAUUUAUGAGAUCAUUCUCUUCACUGCCUCUAAGAAAGUUUAUGCAGACAAGUUGCUGAACAUUCUCGAUCCGAGGAAACAGCUGGUGCGGCACCGAUUAUUUCGUGAGCACUGUGUAUGUGUGCAAGGAAACUACAUUAAGGAUCUGAAUAUCCUUGGACGGGAUCUGUCCAAGACUAUCAUUAUUGAUAACUCACCACAAGCCUUUGCUUAUCAGCUUUCUAAUGGGAUUCCAAUUGAGAGCUGGUUUAUGGACAAGAAUGACAGCGAACUUCUGAAGCUGGUACCUUUCUUGGAGAAACUGGUGGAACUGAAUGAGGAUGUGCGGCCACAUGUUCGUGAACGGUUUCGGCUUCAUGACCUCCUCCCCCCUGACUGAGUGCACAUAGUGGGACAGGACAGUAACAAAGAUAACAAAUGCAGAUAUACAUUUUGCAUUACAACAUCAUUGCCAUUUAAUCUUGAAAUUAACUUUUUUUUUUUUAUUCCCCCCCAAAUUUUCAUUGCUUUGAUAACAUAAAAAAAAAAAGGACUCCCUUUUCGGCACUUUUUUGCCAUUUGUGCAGUCAGAGCGGUUUGAAGUUUCUUGUGUGGUCUCUUCAGUUGUUUCAUCCAGUACAAAGUGAAUGUGUAGCAGUCAGAAGAGAAGAGGAUCAUGUUGUCUUUUGGUGCUCCAGUGGGAUUGGUUGACACUGUUGGGCUUUUGACCAAUUUCAUAAGGAAUGGCCAGUAAGAAAAUCGUACUGUCUGACAGAAAUUAGAUGCUUGUGAGUGUUGUUUUUUUUCUUCUAUGCCAAGUUUCAUUUUUCAUUAUUUUCAGUAUGCAUUCCUCCCCAUCUGUACACUUUGCUUGGUGUUUAUUUCAAAUCAGUGUUCUCUAAACUGCUGGCUUACGUUUGCUAAAUGUGUUCAUUUCUCAAAGAGCAUGUUCUGGGUAGAUUAUUGUUCGGUUUUUCACAGCAAAGUGGAAUCAUAUAUGGUUUGAUUGAGAAUGGUUUAAACCAGAGUGAUGUUUCUUUUAUAGAGGAAGAUUUGCAGCGAUUACAUUCUUAAACUGUUUAAAUAAGAUGUUUGCUACCAGUGAAUCAAAAGUCUGCCACUUCCAUCUGUUGUCUCCUCAGAUAUUUAUUCACCUUUCAAGAGCCAACAACAUAUUAGUUAAUUAGUAGCAUCACAAAAUGGUAUUUUAUCAGUCACUGUUUUAUUACAUAUUUUUUAAAGUACUGUUUUGCUUCUUAUUGUUUCAUAUUUAACCUGUGUAUUUUUUGACAUUUUAGUUUUUUAAACAGGUGUUCUUUUAAAAAAUGUCACCUUUAUGUAUUAGUGUUAAUUACAUGAAAGUAUUUUCGUGUUAACUUUUGGAGUUAAUGUAGCAUUUGCCCAGAGCUAAUCUAUUCUAACUCAACUGCAAAGGAGAGGAUGGAGGGCUAAAGCCUGGUAGAGCCCAGUUUAUAGCACCAGCAUAACAACAAUCUCAUCGCUGUGGUUUAAACCUGCCUGCGUGACGUUCUGGUUUUUCUUUUAUUCUGGGGUGGGGGGAGGUUUAGCUGUGUCAAGAGGUGUAUUGUGACGUAAGCUAGAUGAAUGAGUGUGCGUCAUAAUCUUAGAGUAAGAAAUUCUCAUACUACAAAAACAAUUUUCUUCAUUUCCAUUCUUCUCAUAUUGCCUUUUCAGUUCUACAGUUAGAGAGGAUACUUCAAAAUUGAGUAAUACAGAGUAAGAGUUAAAACUACAGUAGUGCCAUUCAGGGUGAGUGAAGCAGGGCCAGGCUAGUUGUAUUCCCUUCUCUCUUUUUCUGCUCUGUGUCCUGUUUGUUUUGGAAAUGAACUAGUUCACUUUCUACAUGUCAUUGGUGCCAUUUAUGCUGUUUGUGUUUACAGUGUGCAGUUUUCUGAUAAAUGGGUCAUUGUUAGUAAUAGACAAUCACCGAUUACAUAAUUUGUCUUCAUUGGAUUGUGACCCUCUCAUAGUGGUGGGGGGGUUCUUUUUUUUUUCUGGAAUUAUUUUCAUAACUUUUUUUUUUUUUUUUUUUUUUAUGAGGCCUUUUUAAAAAAAGAAGAAAAAAAAGAAAACAUCUUGUAUGCAGUAAAGAUAAAUUUAGUGUUUUUAAAAUGUUUUUUUAAUUGUAAUUAUAAAAAAUGAAUUGCAAGGUGUUCAUAGUGUAAGUCUAAAUAUCCUGUGGUACUUCCCAGUUGAAAGAGAAGAGGAAGGACAAAAAUGAAAUCGUGAUCCCAAGGAUCCUGCUCUACUGACAAUUUGUUUUUUUUCUGUUUGACAGAGUCCACAAGCACAGUAUUUCUCUCAUAGCAUAGACUGAUUCAGCAAUGGUUACAAAUACAUUUUGAACAUGAUUAAACAUAUACAUAGAAAGUAGCAUUUUAUUAGUGUGAAGUAUUCCUUUUUCUUACACUGAUGCAAAACAGUUGAAUGAUGCUAAACUAAAAGGCAUCCUUAGUCCAGAAUGAUAGCUCAAAUGUUGGGAGAUGGGUUGCAACUACCGUUAGGCCCUGGCACUUUCUUACAAAGAAAAAUAUUUUGUAUGAUUGUCAAAGAGCAGUAGUGUAUUAAGUGUAAAAUGUGACACAGAGGUUUGUUUCAUAUGUACAACCAGUUCAUUGUAAUGUGCAUUAUUUCUGUACAAAGCAUAUUGUACUACAAACAUGCAGCUUCAUGAAAAAAAGUUAAAGGAAAAUCUUUUUGUAUUUUUGAUUAUUUGUAUUCCAAAAGGCAUGUCAUAUCUAUUUUUCCAAAUGUAUUGAUUUUCAAAUGUAUUAAUGCAGAACUUGUCAUCAGCUUCUUUUUUUUUUUUUUUUCUUCAUAUCUUUGUAUGUAGUUAGCCCAAUCACUAAACAUUCUCUGCAUGUAAAAAGCCUGUUAUGUGAGAGUUGGGAUUUAAUCAAGGCACUUCUUUGCAGAUGAAUGUUUCAGGUUUGUUUUCUUUUAUACUCCAUCUUCAAAAGCCAUAUGGCUUGCGAUUGUCCUUGAGCUGCAUUGGGGAAACAUUCUAGUUCUAAAUGUCAUUUCCUGAAACGUGUUAUUUAAGAUUGUUCAUAUAAUGGAAAUUAAGUCUUUGGAAAAUUGCAUGCUCUUUUAUUUUAAUGUUAGCUUAUGUCAAAACAUGUUAGAUGCUUAAGAGUGGAUGGUUGUAUUUCAUGUCUUUUUCUGCUACUUCAUUUUACCAUCAAAUGGUGUGUAAUAUCAAGGAGAUUUUAUGAAUAUGAUUGACUUGUAUCAAUUUUGUGUGACUCUGUCGGCAUAAAUGGCAUCUUACUGAUGCAAAUUGAUGCAGCCUCAUAAGAGUGAACUAAAGGCCUUAAGGUCACUAGAUUUAGAGCAAGUUAAGGUUAAUGUACAUAAAAGGAGUUAAGAUCAGAUUUUACCUAUGCGUUUUGUAUAUACAAGGAGUUUCAGGGUUCCCACAAUCAUGGAACCAGAACAGUGUGAUUUCCAGGCUCGUAACGGUCAUGGAAAUGAAUAAAAUGUUAAAGUCA